GUGUGGGGCCCGGGGGUCCGAGCCUGCUGAAGGGUCUCUGAGGACGUUGUCGGCUUUGGGGUUACGUUCUUGGCGUCCGCAGGGUGUAGGUGUAAAUCAUAGCCGAAUUAAAACGGCUUCAGGGGAAAACAGAGCGUACGUUCUUCACUUCGUGCGGCGUUUUACAGAAAGCUCCCGUCCCUUUCUGUGCGAGCGGUGGUGUCUGGAUUUAUCUGUAACACGGGGAACGUUUGAAAACUGCACUUCCGUGAGUGCAAGAGCAAGCACUGCUCGCUGGAAGUGCGCUGAUCGCUUUGCUGGCUGCUCCUGCAAGGGGAGAAAGUUCACUGCGCCUGAGCAGAAGUCUGUAAGUCGGCAUCUCAUGGACGCAGGGGCAGCGGCGCUUCACGUGAUGCAGAGGAGGAUUAAGAGGCUGCCUUUGCUGCUGAGCUGUUCAGAAAAAAAAUGGGGAGAUGUGUCACUUUCCCCAAAGAAGCCCAGUAUGGUCAUUUCCAAAACUGUGUAGUAUAUCUUGGCGGUUUUAUCAUACAAGUACAGCCCACAUGUGCAGCUGCAGUAAGACAGUUAGUGAUGAAAAAUACCAAGACCCUUUUCAACUUGGCAGAAAAGACUUGAAGAAUCUCUAUGAGGAUAUUAAAAAGGAGUUACUUGUAUCUACUGCUGAACUUAAGGAAAUGUGUGAAUAUUACUUUGAUGGGAAAGGAAAGGCCUUUCGACCAAUGAUCGUGGUGCUAAUGGCAAGGGCUUGCAACAUUCACCAUAGCAAUUCCAGGGAGGUGCAAGCAAGCCAGCGCUCCGUGGCCAUAAUUGCAGAGAUGAUCCACACAGCUAGCCUCGUUCAUGAUGAUGUCAUUGAUGAUGCAAAUUCUCGCAGAGGAAAAAUGACAGUCAACCAGAUCUGGGGAGAGAGGAAGGCAGUUCUAGCUGGUGAUUUCAUCCUAUCAGCUGCUUCCUUAGCUUUAGCACGAAUUGGAAACACUACUAUCGUCUCUGUUCUAACUCAGGUGAUUGAAGAUCUGGUGCGUGGUGAAUUCCUCCAGUUGGGUUCCAAGGAAAAUGAGAAUGAGAGAUUUGCUCACUACCUCGAGAAGACUUUUAAGAAGACGGCGAGUCUGAUAGCAAACAGUUGUAAAGCAGUUUCAAUUCUAGGCUGCCCCGAUCCCAAAGUUCACGAGAUCGCAUACCAGUAUGGAAAAAACGUUGGCAUUGCUUUUCAGCUAAUAGAUGAUGUGCUGGAUUUUACAUCAUGUGCUGACCAUCUUGGGAAACCAGCAGCAGCAGAUCUCAAGCUUGGGUUAGCCACAGGCCCUGUCUUGUUUGCUUGUCGACAGUUUCCAGAAAUGAAUGCCAUGAUAAUGAGACGAUUCAGUAAGCCAGGAGAUGUCGAACGUGCUCGGAAGUACGUGUUGCAGAGUGACGGUGUGCAGCAAACAACCUACCUCGCCCAGCGCUACUGCCACGAAGCUACGAGAGAGAUCAGCAAACUGCGCCCAUCCCCUGAAAGAGAAGCCCUCAUUCAACUGACAGAAAUGGUACUCAUGCGAGACAAGUGAGAGAACU